AUUUUGGUCCUACACAUUGCAAGGAGCAGCCAAAAUGUUUGUCUUUCGAAUGUUUUCUUUAAGUUUAUCAAUUAUAACGACAUUGACAAGUUCGAUUGGUUCGGAGUCCGAAUCAUUGCUGACCUGUUCAAAAUUUCAUUUUGAAGAAAGAGUUCUUGAAAAACUUGUACGGUUGGAACUUAAAAUGGAAUUAUUCGAGGAAAAAAUGAAAUUGAUGGAAAGUUCAGUUUCAUCAAAAUUAGAAAGAAUGGACGAAAUUGAGAAAGAAACAGAAACUUUAACAGAAACGAUGCUAGAUAAACAACUUCAGAUUCAAACGAGAAUUAAUGAGUCUAACCAAGAAAUUGUUGACGACUUUAAAACGCAAUCAAACAACAAAACAAAAUUGUAUGGAGAAAAGAUGGACUCUUUGUUGGAAUCGUUGUCGUUGAAAAGUCAAGAAUUCAGUAAAGCUGAAAAAGAACGGGAGAGAAAAAUGGAAUCCAUGAAGCUUGAUUCGCACGAAGAACAGAAACGGUUUAAUAAGUCUUAUGAUGUGAUUGUGGAAAACUUCAAAGUUCAAUCUAAUCAGACAUUGCGAGAAUUAAUUCUUCUUCAAGAGGAAGAUUUUAAAGAAAUGAUUGAGAAAAGAGAGACUGUUGCUUUCUCAGCUUACCGGUCAAGUUCACAAAGGUUGUCAGCAGGUGAUAUAGUAAAGUUUGAUGGAGUAUGGACCAAUGUAGGGAAUGGAUAUGAACCAAGUACCGGGAUAUUCAAAGCUCCACAUCCGGGUCUUUAUCAUUUGACUGACGUUGUUAUGUCAGAUAAUGGACAAAUUCUGAUAUUGUACCUUUGUCACAACGGAUUGCGGAUAGCAACAAGUUAUCUUAAUGGCGAUGGUUAUAAGACAGGAACAUUUGAUGUUGUAUUUAAUCUACAGAAAGGAGACAAAGUAUAUCUUGAGAGUCAUACAAGUCAAACAAUCUAUAGUGACGUUAAUAGAUACAUUACAUUUUCUGGAUAUAGGAUCACAUAGACUAAGAAUGUCUAAGACUUUUAAUUUAGCUUGAAUACAUUUCAAACUUUUACUUUCCUAGAACAAUGUUAAAUACAUGCAAUGUAACCCAGUGUGUAAAUCUGUUGCAUUCUUUAAACAAUUAGUAUUAUAACGAUGAUCGAACUGAUAUGACCGGAAGCCUUUCUUUGUAUAAAAGAUGAAGAUGUAGUUAUAGAUUAUUUCUGGUUUUUUUAAACGAGAUGCAUUUUCUCAUUCUCAUCUCAUCGAAGGGCGAUAGCCUUGAGAUGAGAUGAGAAUCAGAAAAUGCAUUGAGUUUGAAAAAAAAACAUAAAUAAUUUAUUUAUCGCUAUUAUGUGUAUUUUCGAAUAUUAUUUAGUACAAAUUACAGCAAAAAAUAUAUCUAAUACGAUAAGAAUGCAUUUUCCUUUUUGGUACUAUUUUUUUCGAGCAGGCUGAUUUGAUAUAUAUUUAGUCACACAACGACUUUCAUUCAUUUGAAAAAUGGCAUUUGUUCAUGGUGUUCAAAGAUUGCAAUCACCAUUUUCACCGUUUUGAAAGCUCUAUUUUAGUGUAACAAUACAUGCAGACAGAGAGACAAUCAUUUGUAGCAGAUUUAUGUAAAAAUUGACAUUUUUUAUUUGUAAGAAACAUGAUUUGAUUACUUUUACUAACUUCAAGUUGAUUUAUAAGUGAAAUUCACGGUAAAAUUGAAACGAGAAAAAUACUUUUUUUGUCGACAUUUCAGCGCAGUCAUCCGAUAACGUUUUUUUUUAUAGUUCCGGCUAAACAUUUCUGAUUGGUCGACGCUCUAGUGCGUGGAUAUGGAUCAAUACGCUGUUGCUAAGGACCUUAGAAACUAGCGAUAAUUUUCAUUCUCAAGUGAGUCGAGUGAGAAUGAAAAUUAUCACAUAAAAAGAUCAAAGGAAAAAUACAAAUAAUAGCGAUAAUAAACAUUAUGAAUGAGAUAACUAUUCACUAUAGGCCAAACAAACAAGGCUUAAGAAGGUCUUCAACAAUAAUCAAAACACAUACCGUAUAGUAAGUUAUAAGAUACUUUCGCGUGAUGACAAAAAUGAGAAAAUUUUAAAUAGAAAACGCCCUGAAUAAAUAAAAAUCAACUUUUGUG